CAGACAGUUGGUUUGGUCAUUAAGUUUCCUAAUCUACGUCAACAGCUGUAAGUCUAAACUUGCAGCCCCUAAGUUGUGCAGCAACUCAUAGUGAGUAGGGAAAAGGGGAUUUGAAACUAGGACAGGAGCAGUCUGGCCCCUUUCCCUUCGAACCAGAGGCUCAGAUUUGCGACGGGGAGAGAAGUUACUAGACUUAGGCGGAGAGAGAAAAGAGAAGAGAGUUUCUGGGAAGCUUGCUGCAGUCACUGAGGAAAGAAGCCCUAGGGACACAGACCAGUGUCCACAUUGCAGAACAUCAAAUUUUAUAGAUCUUUUUAUUAUUAUUAUUAUUAUUAAUAUUAUCAAAUCCAAGGAAGAAUAUUCCGGAACAGAAAUCUCACCACCUGGAAACAUGCACAAGCGCACAAAGAUAAAGAUUGCCAUCGUCAUUCUGCUGGUGGGUGUUGCUUGCACGUUCACAGCGGUGGUAACGGACCACUGGGCAGUGCUCAGCCUGCCGGUGGAGAAACUCAAUCAGACCUGCCAUGCAGUCCACUUUGGCCUGUGGAGACUGUGCAAGAAGGACAUUUACAUCACCUCGGAAAACUACGUGGAGGAGCAUGGCUGUGGCCCCAUCACCCUGCCUGGAGAGGAAAACUGCACUUACUUCAGGCACUUCACUCCGGGGCAGGACACUGAGAUAUUUGAAUAUAAAACGCAAAAAGAGUACAACAUCUCAGCUGCAGCCAUCUCCAUCUUCAGUCUGGCCUUCAUAAUACUGGGGUCUCUGUGUUUGCUGGGAUCAUUUACCGGUAAAGGCAAAGGAAGAGAUUACCUCCUCAAACCUGCUGGCAUGUUCUUUGCAUUUGCAGGUCUCUGUUCUUUCAUCUCAGUGGAGGUGAUGCGUCAAUCAGUCAAACAAAUGAUCGAUAGCGAGGAAACCCCCUGGAUGAAACACUACUACUCCUGGUCCUUUGGUUGUGCCUGGGCUGGCAUCGUCCUCCUUUUCCUCAGUGGCAUUGCCCUCCUGAUCCUGUCCAUGCCCCAGAUGCCCAGGAAUCCAUGGGAGACUUGCAUGGACGCUGAGCCAGAGCAGGCAGAGUGAUAGCUAAACAGACAGAUGAAGGCAGGAUAAGAGUGACUGUGUCUUUUGUUUUGAGUACAGAUGUUAGAUUCAUUUCAAGAACAAGAGCUGGCCAUAUAAGGGUAAGGUCAUGAUGACACAGGCUGGCUGUGGUGUGGAUGGACUAUAGCCAUGAUGGGAAAUUUACCUCCCUACAAUUAUACAGCAACCUAAAUAUGGGCCUAUUGUUGGAGUUUUGAAUGUUUGUCUUAUCCUGAAUGCCCACCCAGAGUUUUAAAUACAGAAGUCCCCCCCACUACCUCUAUAGGUUUGAUAGAUAUUGGAGACUUACUUGUCGGCAAGAGCAGACCGGGGCAAAAUGGUAUUUGCAAAUAUCUGGAAGUAUGCUUCCCUUUUCUCUUCAGCCUCCUUUAUUAUCUGCACAUAUAGAAAAAAAUGGUAAAAAAUGAUUGAUUAUGAGCUUCCUCAGGGCUAAAAGUCAUUUAGUAAGGUUUAUUUCUAAAUUCAUUUCUUUUGACUGUCACUUUUCUGAUAUUUUUGACUGAAGAAACGAGUCAAAAGCUUAAAUAAAAAUGAAAAAAUCAAACAGGAAUAGUAAAAGUAGUGGGAACUACUGACAUGGGCUUUGUAUAUGCUUAUACUUUCUUAUAUUUUUGACUUUUUCUUUGAAUAUGUUAUGUGUCCGUGGUGUUGUUUGGUUUCCAUAUGACAUUGUCAUGCACACCUUAUUUACAAAGACAUUAAGACAAUAACAUUUCAAUAAUAUAGUAAAUAUAGUUAUGGCCUGACAACAAAGUACUUGAUUGCUUGAUUGUAUGUACUGCAUUAUGUAUAAUAUCUUGUACAUAUCUAAUGUUCUGCUGUUAAUUUUUGUUUGACUUUGAUCAAGGAAUCACUUACAAUAAGUAAGACAAGUCAAGAUCUGUAUGUCAAGUUGUAUAUUUAUAAGAUUUAUAAAGAACCUUUAGAGAUGAAGAAUGUCCCGUUAAAAUAAGAACUUUGUGGGUAAACGAAGGAUUUUAGAGCAAAGCAGUAGCACAGAGCAGGUUUGUGUGUGUGUGUGUGUGGCAGGCUGAAUGCUAAACACCCACACAGUCAUAGCACAGCACAGCACUGAUCAUGCUGGAAAAGAUUCAGUUCUAGCAGGUGCACAUUCAAGGCCUUCUACUUUUUGUUGACAGCUCCCAAACCAAGCUGAUACAAAAAAAUCCUCUGUUCAAUUUUAUGUGUCACGACCCAUUUGAUACAUGUGAAAAAAAUUGUUAUUUGCAUCCAUCCAUGUUCUUGUGUUUUCAAGGUGUGGAAUAAACAUACAGAGAACAUAAAAGCCCACACGCUUUCAUGAGCUGUCAAGCUUUAAACCCUAUGUGAAGACUUGCAAAAAGUCAAAGUGUCAGCUCAGCUGUCACUAAAUUUUACUUCUAUUGUAAAAAAACAAACAAAAAAAAAAACAUGUUGCUUUGUUUUAGAACGGACUGUCAUAACCAGUCAAAUCACACAAACACAAAAAGGAAGCAUGACACAGCUCUAUUAUUCAGCUGAACGUAGCAGUGCAGCUGGAAGUAGUGGAGUUUCACCAACCACUGCACAUCAAGUGGGUUAUUUUUCAAUUACAUACAUACUGUAAUUACAAUUACAGUGUGAAUGACAAUGCUGGUCAGCUAUAGCGUUGCAAACUCAUUUUUGGUACGAGACUUGAACAACGGUGAUAAAAAGUGAAAAUGUGGAGCAGUGCUGCAAGGCAAAGAUCAAACUACUUUGGUCCAGGUGGGUUUGAGCAGCAGUACACCUUCUGGACUAUACACGUGGGGCCGGACUCUUACUAGGCCUCCACAGCAUACACUCUACAGUACACCUUUUCCGAGGUAGAGUGUGCACCAUCACAGCAUGGAAAGUAUGAAUAAGAUAAUAGAAUAAAGUCAUUCAGGUAGCAUAGCAGGAAGCUAAGCUAAUUCUUUCCAAUGGUGAAAAUAGACUGCAAAAAGUUAUAGUAUACUUAAAUUACAAAUUGCGGAGAAAUUUCAUGCACCCCAGGUUUUUUCUAGACAGGUCACUGUAUGAUCCUGAAGCUGUGUUGUGCCGUAGCAGUGGGUAAUCUGAGACAAACUAACCGUCUCUCAUCCAGACAUUUGUUUUUACUUUUCUCGGCAUCGCCUGUGACAUAACUGCAACCGUUCUGGUCAUGUAUAUAUAAGUGAGCAGUAUAGAAGUUAAUAUGUUUGACCUUUCUGUGCAAAACCUGAUGUGGUGCCAGAGUGGAUCGCACUGCUCUCAGUUAUGCAGCUGUUAGUGAGAGCAGUCAUCAUCCAUACUAUGAGCUUCCUCGGGGCAAAAAGUCAAUUUAGUAAGGUUUAUUUCUAAAUUCAUUUCUUUUGACUGGCAUUUCUUCAAUAUCUUUGACUACAAAAAAUUAGUCAAAAGCUUUAAUAAAAAAGAAAAAAAAUCAAACAGGAAUAGUAAAAGUAGUAGCAACUGCUGACAUGGGCUUUUUGUGUUCUUAGUCCUCUUUUCAUUGAAUAUGGCAUGCAAUUAAACAAGUUUAUGAAUUAAGUAGAUUUUGUGAGAGUGUUUGUUAUAAGCUAUAACUUU